AUGUUUGAUGAGCAUAAUGAACUGGCAAAAGUAUUCAGAAUGGCCAGGGAAAGGUUCCAUGAGUCUGAUUUACAACCUGUGAAGAUUCGGUUGAUCGGGACAAGAGCAAAAGAUGGAAGACAAUACAACUUUCCAACGACUACAGAGGUUGCUGCUUUGAUAGUGGGUACAGGUGAUACAGAAAAAGGGCCAAGAGAUGUGAUUAUCAAGGACAAACACUUUGGUCUGAAAAGGAUAUCCGAACUUCACCCAAGUUUCAUGGCAAUGCAAUAUCCACUACUUUUUCCAUAUGGAGAAGAUGGAUAUAGAACAGAUAUCCCCCACAAUGAUGUGGAACAAACAGGGAGAAGGGUAAGAACUGCAGUCACUAUGAGAGAAUAUUACGCAUUUCGCUUUCAACAAAGAAAAAAGGAGGCAAAAACCAGAUUCCAAUUGGGAAGACUAAACCAGCAACAACAAGUUGAUGCGUUCAUAUGCAUCCAAGAAGGACAGCGUGUGAUACUACCUGCAUCCUUCACGGGAAGCCCGAGAUUCACGAUUCAAAACUAUCAUGAUGCCCUAGCUAUUUGCAAAUGGGUUGGCCCUCCAGAUUUGUUCAUCACUAUGACAUGUAACCCAAGAUGGCCAGAGGUCAGAGAGUUCUUAUCCUUGAUUCCCGGUCAAAAACCAGAAGACCGACCUGAUAUCAUCGCUCAAGUCUUCAAGAUAAAGCUUGAUGAACAGAUGGAUAUUACACUUAAAUACACUUGCUAUUCUAACAUUAUGUACCAUCUUGCAGCAAUAUACAUAAUCGAGUUCCAAAAACGAGGUCUCCCACAUGUUAAUAUGUUGUUGUUUUUGCAUGAACCGGACAAACUACGGACUGCAGCAGACAUCGAUCGACUGAUUUCAGCAGAACUACCAGACCCGGAAAAGGACCCUGUUGCAUUCGAGGCGGUAGUCCAAUACAUGACUCAUGGACCCUGUGGUAGCUUGAACCCAAAAUGUCCAUGUAUGCAUGAUGGCCGUUGCACAAAGUACUAUCCUAAAGACUUCAACAACGACACAGUCAUUGGAGAAGACGACUAUCCAGCAUACAGAAGAAGAAACAAUGGUCGGGUAGCAGAAAAGAAUGGCCACACAAUUGAUAAUACCUUCAUUGUGCCAUACAAUGUGGACUUGCUGGUGAAAUAUCAAGCACACAUCAACGUCGAAGUAUGCAACAAAUACACAUGUACCAAAUACCUAUUCAAGUACAUGAACAAGGGUCCAUAUAUGGCACUAGCAACAGUCGAAGAAGUUACAGACAAUGGAAUUCCGGGAGGACAACAAGCCAAUCCGGAACCUCCAAGAGACGAGAUAAAAUCGUACUUGCAAUGCAGAUACGUAUCUGCUGCUGAAGCAUGCUGGAGAGUUUUUGGAUUCCCAAUACAAUAUAAGUACCCACCAGUACAACGCUUAAGUUGUCACCUUGAGGAAGAACAAACAGUGAUGUUUGAAGACCAUGAGCCACUAGAUCAAGUCCUUGAAAGAGUAGGCACGGCAAAGACUCCUCUCACCGGAUGGAUGGAAGCAAAUAGGAAGUACCCAGAAGCAAGAAAAUUGACAUACCACGAUUUCCCAACUGAAUGGGUAUGGCAAAGCAAGGAAAAGAAAUAG